UCUACGGGACUGGGGCCCAUUAAUCUGGAUGUAUGUAUGUUUCUACUUAGUUGUUGGGUAAGAAAAUGAGAAGCAUAGCAUAGUAGGGGCCAAAGCCAAGUCUCAUAAUUUUUUGUGAUCAUCACCUCAUCAUCAUAUUAUGGCUAACGACACAGCUUUGCGCUCAGCCUUGGUUUGGUUAGCUGCGGUGGUGGCUGUCGUUGGGCUAUGCACUUUGUCGUUUCAGAAAAUGGUGGCAACCUACGUCGUCGGAGUAGUGGGCCUCGCUGGGGUGCUUUGCCCUGAUUGGGUUUAUUUCGACCGUGACUUCUCUCGCUGGAUCCACCCAGUUACCGCCGAGGAAAGGGCCUCUCAUGCUGCUCACAGAUUUGGACUAGGAAGAAUUAGGAUGUACCCAAUGAGGGUGAUCGGCUAUUCUAUAAUUUAUGGGUUUGGGCUGUACAAGUGGUGGAUGUUCGUCUCAAGCUAGUCGUUAAUGGUUACCAAUUAAUCCGCUUUACUUAUCUUUUCUUUCUUUUUUUUGGUCAGUUCGCCUUAGGAGAGUUUUGUAACUUUUGGGGUUACCUACUUACUUUCUCCUUUUAAUUUGUAAUAUAAAUAUACCAAAAUUUUUAAGUAAUGAUUGUUUUGAACUUGA